AUGGCUUUCUUAACUCUAACUUCUGAAGUUUCUCAACCAUUCGUCAUUCCAUCUCUAUCUCCAGUUUCUCAACCAAGCUCGAGAAAAAAUUCUGAUGCCAGUGUCAAGGACAUCGAUGAACUUGACAGAAUAUUAUCUACUGGUAACAUGAGAGAAUCUGCUAUUGUUGAUGGUAAUGCUGUUAACUCUAACUCUAACCGUUCAAGAAAAGGUUCUUUGAGUUUAUUAUAG